AUGCGAAUAGAUUUCCGGAUAUCUUUUUCAUACGUUAUUCUCGGAUCUAAGAGACAGAUGGAGUCAGUCUUCUUACCAUCAUCGGAUCAGUUCGGGCUGGCGCACGAAGCCCUCCUGCUUCGGUACGGUAGAGUCUUCCCUAUAGCUUUCCUUAGAUGCGGGCUGGAAGUACUUUCCGGGGGUGCAAAAGCAGAUUCUCAAAAUGCCAUUCCCCUACCUCUUUUAACUGCUGCUGCUAUCAGAUCAGAGGUUUCUGGUACGGAAGCGGAUUGGCUGAUAUGUCUUGUUCCAGUGCAAGCGCUUGUGAGUUCCCUAGGUUACCAAUGGGUGAGUGGAGGAACCCAUGGGAAAGCAUCUUGA